GCGACUACGUACAUUCUGUACAAGAAUUCUGCAAUGCCGCCUAAUCAAGAUGAUAGAUUAGCAAGGAGAGCGGAUUCUACCUUCAGGCAAGUCCAGCGGGGCCAACGAGGCCAGUCGGCCACAAGUUUCAUCGACAACGCCACCCGAGCAUCGCCCACAUACCCUCCUCAGCACCCAAUGCCCCAGGCAGUUGCCACGAAUGAUAGCUUCGAACGCAACAUGUGGGUUUUCUACGAACAAGAACUUGCUGUAGGAUGGUACAAGAUUCCGAAAGACGGCAGGCAGGCUUUGGAGAGUCUGGCGAAAAACCGCAGGAAACUCGCCGAUCCAAACCUGUCCAAUGUUCCGCUGUAUCUCUCUGAAGAGCCCGGCGAACAACCUUCACUCUAUGCAGAAGUAAAGCAAUGUGCCGAGUUGUGCGGUGAUGCGUUAGGCUUCCUACAUCCUGCAAUGCAGCGCAUUCUCGAGAAGUCAAGGGCAUUGUAUAUAACACAUGGACCGAUUGCGCGUGUACUGGAAUGCUGCGCUUCGUCCCAUUAUAGCCAGGCUACUGUGGACAGCCAUCUCAACGAAAUGUUUGUCGCUAAUAUAGACAUCACGACAAGUUUUAGGGAGAUUGUCGAUAAGUGGGGCACCGUACUUCAUCGCGUUGAUACAACUCGCGCUGCCCUGGAGAGCCAGCGGUCUUUUCUUGCUAGACAUCGAGAAGAACUUCGAGAUAUGAUAUCUUCCCACAGAAAAGAGUCGAACAUCCUCUCAGAGAAAUUAUUGGACAUGACGGUCUCUGAAACUCUGGAUCCGAUUCUUUCUCAGCACCUCAAUCGAGAUAUAGGGAAGCAGACAGGAAGCAGGUCAAAAUCCUUGGUUGACAUCGAGUCUCUUGAGAAUGACAAGCAGAGAUGCGAUAUGGAAGUGGACCAUAUAAAUCAUCGCAUGAAGACCGAACGGAAGAUAUUCGAUGAUAACGAGAAGCUGGAGAAACAGCGACAAGAGGAAAGACGUGAGAAAGCAAGAUCAGCGAGCUGGUGGGAAUGGCUCAAUGGUAGUUCCUCCGCAACCGAAAAACAACACAUCAAUGAAUGGCGGAAGAUCGAAGAAGAAUUUAGAGAGCAAGAGGGACACCUCAUACGCGAGAAGAACAAGAAUGAGAAAAAGGCGUUGAACCUGCAAUUGGAAAUUGAGAAGGGCAAGGCGCACAACCAUCAUCUGACUAAGAUCAUGGACAAGCAAAAUGUGAAGCUUGAUGACCUUGGCGCGAGAAUCAAAGCGACAAAAAAGAAACAGGGCCGAAAAGCUGAUGAGCUUCAGCUCUACGAAAAUAAGUAUAACCUGCUGGAAGGGUAUGAUGCGCUGGUACCAGAUAUCAUCAGCAACCUCGAUGCAGUUGCCAGCCAUAGCAAGCUUUUCAUUUCGACAUAUCGGAGAAUGUACGAGCGAUUUCGAGAUUACCAAGCCACACUCGAUAGCUUCGCUACCAGAGUGAGAAGCCCGCCGAAACGAGAACCCAACUUGCAGAGGGUACGCGAGGACGUGACCCAGAUGCGUAUCGUAUACUUCAUAGUCUGUGCAGCGGCAGGCGCCAGCUUUUAUAUAGCUGAAAUACAAGAGCUCGAAGCCAUAAGAAACUCAUUCAUGGCUUCCACAGCUUCGCAGCGAUCGAAGGAGAUGGCGGUUCAAGCGCCGAAUCAUUGGUCCGGGAAUAGCAGAGCACAUCUUGCAAACCAAGCGUUCGGCGGGUAUACCCAGAACAGGGAAAUGUAUUUCGACGAGAUCAAAACCAGUGGUGUCGAUCUGCGUCCUGAUGUGUAUGAGAUAAUCGCGUCUUCGGAUAUGACGCUGAAGUCAAAUGCACAACCAUCAUCACCACCACCACGUUCACGCUCGAUCCGACCAGCAAGUACAAGUACAAGUACUAGCGAAACUCAAAAGAAGAAGAACAAGUUCUUCUAG